AGUAGACAAAGAAACUAUACCAACAGACAAAGCAAAUUCUUUAUUUUUUUUUUCUUUUCAAUAAAAAUAAAAAUGAAGAGAAAGAAAACCGCAGAGUAUCUCUGUUAAUAUCGUCCAUAAUCAGAAUUGGGUCUUGUAUGGCAGGGUUGGUUAGGAGGCCAUUAUUGAUGUUGUUUCUUGUAAUGGUUUGGUAUGUAAAUGUAAUGGUACUAUUAUCAAAAGCAGAACCUCUAUUAGAGUUGGUGACACGUGUGUGCAGAGAGGAUCGUGUGGAUAACAAUACUGUUUAUGCUCAAAACUACGAUCUGAUAUUGAAUAGAUUGGCAGAAGGUAUGUCUCUUAAAGGUUAUUCGUUUGGGGAAAUGGGAGACCCACCUAAUCGUGUGUUCGUCUUCUCUCAAUGCAUGGGUGAUCUCAACAACAAGGAAUGCAGCAUGUGUUUUAAUGAGAUUAAGGAUAUCUUGUCUGGUUGCUUUCCUUCUUCUGGGGGUCGUAUUUUUUAUAAUGGUUGCUUUAUUAGAGCUGAGAAUUAUAACUUCUUUAAUCACACAGUUGAGCCUGAUGAUUUAAGGAGAUGUAGUGAUGGACUUGAUCUGAGAGAGGAAUACACGGAGAUAGGAAGGAAACAAAUUGGGAAUUUGGUGAGGGUAACAAUGGAGAAUAAUGGGUUUGGAGCAGUGUAUAAGAAAGCUGGUGAAGUGUCUUUUUUUGCUGUUGCUAUGUGUUGGAGGACUCUCAAUAGUUCAUUGUGCGAGGAAUGCAUACAAAAUGCCGCAGAUAGUUGCGUUGCAUGCCUACCCGCUGCCGAGGGUCGUGUCCUUAAUUCCGGAUGCACUGUGCGUUAUGCUGAUUAUGAUUUUGGCAACAAGCCCGAUGUCCGUAGAGCCAAAGAAAUUCUAUUGACGUACGCUACAUAUGUUCUUGUGGGGUUGGCAGUUAGUGUAUUUGUGGUAAUGGUUGGUGUGUAUGCCGGUAAAGCUGCUUACAAACGAAAAAUUCGCCGCUUGAAGAAAUUAGCAAAAGGACGACGGCUGGACAUAGUAGCAUCAAAGAAAGGUUCAAAGUUUUUGGAGUUCAACCACUCAACACUUGAAAAGGCAACAGAAGGCUUUAAUGAUGCCCACAAGCUUGGUGAAGGAGGUUUUGGAGAAGUAUUUAAGGGUACUCUUGCUGAUGGUAGAGAAAUUGCAAUAAAACGUUUAUUUGCAACUGGGAAAAGUCAAGCAGAGGAAAUAUGCAACGAAAUUGAUAUAAUAAGUAGUGCUCAACACAAAAACUUGGUUAGAUUUCUUGGUUGCUGCUUUACUGAUUCAAACAGCUUUCUUGUUUAUGAAUUCCUUGUCAACAAGAGCCUUGACCAAUUCAUAUUUGAUUCUGAGAGGAGCAAAGAAUUAGACUGGAAAAAGAGGCUUCAAAUUAUCAUUGGAUCAGCAGAGGGUUUAGAGUACCUCCACAAAGGUUGUCAAAUGAGGAUAAUUCAUAGAGAUAUUAAAGCUAGCAACAUUUUAUUAGAUUCGAAAUGGAAACCGAAAAUUGCAGAUUUCGGCUUAGCAAGAUUUUCUUCAUCAGCUACCAGUUAUGUUCCUGGUGUUACUAUUGCUGGAACAUUUGGUUACUUAGCUCCUGAAUACUUAGCACAAGGAAGAUUAACUGAAAAGGUUGAUGUUUAUAGCUUUGGAGUUCUUGUGUUGGAGAUAGUUAGUGGUGUGAGGAACAACAAAUUGAGAUCCCAUGACACUUUUGAAACUCUAGUGGCUCAUGUAUGGAAACACUACCAAUCAAAUACAGUGUCAGAGAUCAUAGAAAAAAGCUUAGCAGAAGAAGACUUUGAAGAAGUUGAAAGAGUUGUUCAAGUGGGAUUAUUGUGCACACAAGAAGUACCAUCUUUACGUCCUAACAUGGCAAUGGUAAUUCAAAUGCUUAAACAAAAUGAUUCUGAAUUGCCAACACCAACAAAGCCUCCUUUCAUUGAUGAAAAUUUGGAGUUAUCUUCUUCAUUUGAUUCUUGUCGAUGGCAACCUUCUUGUAUAUCCGAUUUAUGUUCACCUAUUGAGAGAGAUUCAAAUAUAUAAUAAUAGAAACAACCCCCAUAUUUCUUU